UCAGCGUUACAACUGUAGAACCAGAUUUAAAAACAUUGAUGUGUCACAUUUUGUUUUAUAAUGUUUCAUGUCAAUGUUUCCCCCAGAAAUAGAGGGAGCAUGUAUCAACCCAACUGUGAUGAAUGGAUUCAUAGUUCAGUCAAAUGUGAGGAAUGUUGAUCCCAGGAAUAGCAAGAUAUACUCUUCCUGCAAUGUAGGGUUCAAACCCUCUACCAGGGGUUGGUGGGGUGAAGCCACAUGUACUGAGGGAACAUGGUCUGGAAUAUUAGAGUGUAUUGAUCAAUCACAAUGUGGCAGAAUCCCUGUCAUUCCCAACACAAGAAAGGUACCUCACAGUGAAGUCUAUAACAAUGAACAAACUGUUACAAUUGAUUGCAAAGUUGGAUACACAUCUGAAACUAAGACUAUAAAAUGUAAGGAUGGAGAAUGGCAAACACCGUUACCAGCUUGUAGACUGCAAGGCGUUCCAUGUGAUCCUCCACCUAAAGUUGAAAAUGCAAUUGUUAAUAUCCCGUAUCAAAAUAAAUAUAGAGAGGGAUUUGAAGUGAAUUAUGAAUGUCGCAAGUCCAUUGAAAUAGAGGGACAUAAAAAACUUACUUGUGAAAAUGGGAGUUGGACAACUCCACCACCAACAUGCAAACAGUACUGUGGUAAGCCUGAGGGCGCAGGGAGGAGAAUGGAGAUUGCUGACCAAGUGCUGGAGAGAUACGAAAAUGGGAACCAAAUAGACUAUACAUGCAUUAGCCCAUACAAAGGCCCCGGAGGAAAAGCAACUUGCAAGAAUGGAGAAUGGCACAUGCCAUUUGAGUGUAACGCAAGCUGUCCUGAUCCUCCUCCCAUUACUAAUGGAGAUUUCACCAAGGAAAAGAGAGAUGUUGAAGGUGUAAUUACAGAGGUGUCCUACCAAUGCAGCAGACAGUUUACACUGAGUUCCACAGGCAGCAUCAGAUGUCUGAAUGGAAAAUGGCAGAGUCCUCCGAAGUGUUUACGGUCUUGUGAGAUUUCCACUUUUGAUGCAGAGUACAAUCUACAGAAUUUACCCAAGAAAGAUUAUACUGCGCACGGUGAAAAAAAGACUAUUCAUUGCAAAAAGGGAUAUUACCAUAAAUACAAGAGAAUUCUACCAAAUAUAGAAAAAAUUGAAGUGAAGUGUGAUGAUGGAGAGUUACAGUAUGGAGAACACAUACCUAUAUGUAGCCAUCGUUAUUCAUAGGUAGAUGAUGAACAUAAUGGAGUCAUGAUGUUCCCUCCAUCAAUUUCAAGAAUCCGUACAAAGCCGCCUUUUUAUGCAAGGAGAAGAACCAUUUGCUUUUGUGGUGUCUGUCGCUUGUUUAAUUUAGAUUUAGAAGAAAUGUGAGCCAUCCAGUAAUGGAAUACAUGUGUCUUUUCAACAUUUGACAUUGUAUCAUCAUUGAAACAAAAUAACAGUAUCUUUCUCAGCUUCACUAUAAUAACAGUACAGCUAUCUAAAGCUAGACUAAAAUGGUACAUUUGUUAUAUUAGUACAGAGUGAUGUGAUUGUGUGAAUAUCCUUCUAUCAAGUUUAUAAAUUGCCUGGCUGGGCUGAUGAGACAGUGGAUUGCGCAGUCAGUUGAAACAGAGUAAAUAGGCAUUUUAACAUCAUAGAUUAUGCCAGUGGUAGCUUGUGGAAUAGGCACCAGCUGGAAUGCGGUCUUAACCAAUCAGCAUUCAGGAUUAGACCGACACGCUCUAUAAUGUGUGAAUAUUCUCCUGUAUCUCCCAGCUGUGUGAUUCAUUACCUGAAGGUGUAAUAUAAGUGAAUAACUGUUAUGAUUGUGAUUGACCUUAUCAAGACAAUAAAGUUGUCAAAAAGAGACGA